AUGGUUUCUCUUUCACAGAGGGAGUGCAUCUCCGUGCAUGUUGGACAAGCCGGCGUCCAGAUUGGGAACGCCUGCUGGGAGUUGUAUUGCCUGGAACAUGGGAUCCAGCCUGAUGGCCAAAUGCCAUCUGACAAGACCUUCGGCGGCGAUGACUCCUUCAACACUUUCUUCAACGAGACUGGCGCCGGGAAGCACGUCCCUCGUGCCGUGUUCGUUGAUCUUGAGCCCACCGUUAUAGACGAAGUUCGGACGGGGACAUACAGGCAGUUGUUCCACCCGGAGCAGCUGAUCACGGGGAAGGAAGAUGCGGCCAACAACUAUGCUCGCGGCCAUUAUACGAUCGGAAAGGAAAUCGUGGACCUCGUUCUGGAUCGCAUCAGGAAACUGGCCGACCAAUGUACCGGUCUUCAAGGCUUUCUCAUCUUCCAUUCCUUUGGAGGUGGAACUGGGUCCGGCUUCACCUCUCUUCUCAUGGAGAGACUCUCUGUCGACUAUGGGAAGAAAUCCAAGCUGGAGUUCGCUAUUUAUCCUGCACCUCAGGUCAGGAAAGGGCAGUCAGUCACGUACGCUCCAGUCAUAUCCUCGGAGAAGGCUUACCACGAACAGCUCUCCGUGUCUGAAAUCACGAAUGCAUGCUUCGAGCCGGCCAAUCAGAUGGUGAAAUGCGACCCAAGACGUGGAAAAUACAUGGCUUGCUGCAUGCUCUAUCGAGGGGACGUCGUCCCGAAGGAUGUAAAUGCUGCCAUCGCGCAGAUUAAGACCAAGAGGACGAUCCAGUUCGUGGACUGGUGCCCAACUGGGUUCAAGGUGGGCAUCAAUUAUCAGCCUCCGACCGUGGUGCCUGGCGGAGAUUUGGCUAAAGUAGCCCGAGCCGUUUGCAUGCUCAGCAACACGACUGCUAUUGCAGAGGCCUGGGCCCGGCUGGACCAUAAGUUCGACUUGAUGUAUGCCAAGAGGGCUUUCGUGCACUGGUAUGUGGGAGAAGGGAUGGAAGAAGGGGAAUUCUCCGAGGCUCGCGAGGAUUUGGCUGCUCUGGAAAAGGACUACGAAGAGGUUGGCUUGGACUCCAUCGAGGGAGAAGGCGAAGGUGGAGACGAAUACUGAAAACCGACAUCAACAUGAAGCCGUUCCUCCAUUCCUGCAUUUUCUAUCUCGUCCUGGAAUUUCGUUUAUCCUCCGUCCUUCGGUACGCUUAUCGUGUUAACACCUUUUCUGAUCGUACGUUUUCUCAGCACAUGGCAAUUCGAGGCGCGACUUUGAAUACGGUUUUUAUUGCUUGUAAAAUAGUUAUAUGACCAAUAAUAAAAGAGUCCCUCGUUCCUAUA